GUCGUCGAUGCAUCGAUCGCUGGGUUUUGUCACGGUUAUCCCAACCACCCGACUAACCCGUCCGUAUUAUAAGCGCUUCGUCUUGGUCGCGUGGCAACAUAAGUUUGUCUUUGACGGAGACCACAUCGGUUUUGGUUUCGGGGGUUUGUUCCAUCGGGUGCUUGUCAUUUUCCGUUGGAUGCUUUGCUUUGGUAGCUAGGAAAUGACCAGCCACCCUUCGCUCCCUCGCCGUACGUAGUACGCGGCUGCUGCUACUGCUUAAUUCCAAUAACCCAAGAGAAGACCGCAUGCAGCCGGUCGGUUCAGCACCCUGACCUUUCAGCUCGGCGUGGAGCUCACACAGUUUACAAAUGCGUUGUGUCACUAGUUCAACUUGGUCCGGUCAUUUAUGCCCGCUAGUGCUACGUCCUAAAUGUUGGAGCAUCCACAUUUCCGGUCCACGUUAUCAGCAGCCCAAAGCACGAAAAAGAAAUACUCGCAAAAAAAAGCACGAAAAAAAUGAAAGAGAGAGAGAGAGAGAGGACAAAGGCGUUGGGGGCAGGGGCAACAUGGGCAUUUGCACCCACCGAAUUGGCCUGCGCGGUGCGACUAUAUCUGCGCCAUGCCGUCCCGUGCCAAGCUUCAUCUCCUCAGACUCAAGACAGCGCGCGUGCUGCACCCUGCGCACCACACGUACCACUCCUCCACCUACAAAGCUCGUACGUACGCUGGCACGCGCACGCGCGCGCGGCUUAUCAUGGAGGUGAGCGGCUCGGCGCACGACCUCGGCGACAGCUUCUCCUACGGCUGGCUCAACCAGGCGCCGCCCUCCUUCGACCGCCUGGCUGCCGACGCCGGUCAGUAUUCCUCCGGGGGCUCCAGGUCCUCCUUCAUCGACAUGGAGGACCCCUCCGAGCUCUUCUCCAUGCGGUGGACCACGACGGCGGCGACCGACUUUGACUUCGGCCUCCCGGCGCCAGGCGACGGAGGCGCCGCGUCCCCCGCGCAGCUGGUCAGCGCCAGCCAGAUCUUCCGCGGCGGCCGCCUCCUCCCCUGCGAGCCCGGCGGCUGCUCCGGCACCUCUGUGCAAGAAGACGGCGACGGCUCGGUGGCCCGUCGCGCCAAGGACGCCGUGCCGCGGUUGUCGCCUCCGUCGUCGCCGCUGUUCCACUCGGCGCAGAGCACGCCGCUGUCGCUGAGCGCGUGCUCCAGCGCGACGAGCAAGCACGCCGGGCAGCGCCCGAUGACGAGGCGGCGCGGCGGGUCGUCGCCGUGGAAGGUGCUGCUGAGGUACGUGCGAUUCCUGAUGCCGCUGUACCGCAAGGCCCGGGCGAGGCACGCGCACAGCAGGGUGGCGCCGGCGGGGAGCCCGUCGCGCGGGUCCACGUCGAGCGCCGUCGAGUGGUGCCACGGCAAUGCCGACACGGCCGUCCACGACGCCAUCCUCUACUGCAAGAAGUCCAGCGGAAAAGAUGCACUGCCAUGAAGGAGACCAGUCGCCGAUCACCGAGCGCAUGAGUUUCUUAAUCCGCGAGAGCUUUGCAUGACCUUGUGUUGUGCCAUCUCAGCUCGAGUUCGUGUCCGAUUUUAUUUUUGUGCGUGUUCUUCGAAUGCCUUGGUGUGUAUAUAUAUGACAGUGUUAUAGAUGUAUGCUUAAUUAACCCGUGUAUGAAUGCUGUGUCUCAUGGA